GAACUGCAGGCCAGCCUGUUGCGCACUUGGCGGCACACGCAGGCAGAGCGCACCAGAGCUGCGUGGAUGGACGGAGUCACUCAAGGACUUCCUCUAGAGGCGAUUUUACUUGGAUGCAUUUCGGAUCGACUUUUCUUCUGAUUUACCAAGAGGCUCAUUACAGCGUGCCACCCCUGAGCGGAUUUUGCUUUAAAGCAUCCCGGGAGCCGGGGGAAAAGGGACUCUGUCGAGACUGUCAACAGCAGGGAGCAACAGAGGAACAAGAGCCAUAAAAACCAGGAUCUGUCUCUGCUGGCAUGUUCCAGAGAUGCUCAACAAUGCAAUGAAGACCUGAAGCCCAACAACCCAUGUGUGUCCCACUGAACAGACACACUGAAGAGCUGCAGACAGCCAAGUUGUGUACGUGGUCGGCUCAGUGUUUGUGUGUUAACACACUGUGCUGAGAUUAAAGCACUGUGGAGCCAGGGACUUAAGCUCGAGACUAUGGUCCAACUGUCCACCUCAGUCUACCUGCUGGGAGGCCUUUUGGGCCUGUUUCUGCUCUCGCCUGUUCUGAUGGCCCCAACACCAGCCAGCAUGUGCACGCCCCUGAGGACGCUCAACGACAGCCUCAGCCACAGGCGACGGUACAUGAAGCACUACUUCCCAAUCAACUACACCAUCAGGGUUCAUCAAGAGGAAGUCUUUAAACUGUCAAACAUCAACAGACUGAGGUUAGAGGUGGAGGGGUUGGAUGAGCUGGUUCUCCAGAGGUUGUGGUUCCAGGUCAACCAAGGCGUGUUAAAAAAGAUCAUCCGGGUUAUGCCAGAGAGACAUCCUUCACGUCCAUACACCGCUGAGUUGGAAAGACGCUUCAGGGAUGCGGAGGGCGUCUUUGUACAGUCACAUCCCGCUGAGGUGUUCCAGCAGGAGCUUCCAGAGUCGAUCCAGGACACUUGGGAUAAUUUAACGGAAGAGCCUGACAGAGUGCCAGAGUCCAGCUGGCGAUUUGUAACCCCAAAAUCCCUUCUGGACAACUUCUGCCAAACUAUGCACUGCCUCUUCAGCGAGUGCUUUGCCACAACAGAACCACUGCAGGAUUACUGUGAUGUUUCCUGUUGGAGAAAAGGCAGGAAGAAAGACCGACAACCCGAAAGCUGAGAAGAGGCCAGUAGGGGGAAGUUGUCCCUGUUGAUACUGAUGUGGGAUUGGUAUCAUUGUAUCUCUUGAGGACAAUCCACAUGGAAACAGAAGAGUUCAGUCCUGAUUUGUGAACAUCAAUAAGUCUUUUCCAAAUCUCCCAAACAGAGCUAUGAUUGAUGAUAUGAUGAAGACAGAAACACUGGCUCCAUCAGCCAAAGUAGACUGAUAUUGCAGAUACAGCAAUAGUAUUUAUGGUGAUUUCAUGAGCAUAUGGACGUUCUGAUAAAAUAAAAUAAAACUCCAACCCCUCAGAUUCUCCAGUUCUCUGUCACUCAGGAAGCCUGAAGUAUUUGUCUCUUGAUGGCAGCUCAGAUUGAUGCUUUGAUUCUUGGGUUUCAAGUUUUGGAAGAGAUUUGUUCAUGUUCACUUAUAUGGACUGAAAUGAUCCUGAAAUCGAUGUCACUGUGGCUUUGACAAACCUCUGCCCUAAAAGCAUGUGAUGUGCUUCAGUGGACCUGUGUGGUUCACCUCUGAGACCGACAGUAGAGAGAGACUACACAUUGGAGUGCUAUUGUAUUGAGAAACUUUCACUGAUUUUGUAUCAUAGCCAGACUUCUCUUCUUUUAAGCCUCUUUCAAGCAUCAAUGAGAUACUGCGAGAGCAAUGUACAUGGACUGAACUUCAAAACUACAGGCAAACUGAUAACUAUUGUUUUCUCUUCCCUCUUCCGUUGUUGACAUCAGUUUUGGACACCUGGGAAAAGGGUAUCAAUUUCUGCUCAUUACAUGCACAGUGUCCUUUCAAAAUAUACUUUGGGGUUCACAGGACACAUACGUUUGGUCACCAAAAAUACUUAGGCUUUAAAAUUCCUUGGUUAGGUUUAGGGAAAAAAUCAUGGUUUGACUUAGUGACAUAUGCCAUGUGACAUGUAUGUCAUGUGAUGUUAACUAUGUAACAUAGUUAAAAAAAACCCUCAAUGUUGACUCUUGGUUUCAUACACAAAAUGAACACCGAUCUCCUGGGCAGGGGCAUGUCGGUGAGAACUACCAGUUUGAUGGCUCAAAUGCUUCUGGAAAACGGCACAGUGUCUUGUAAAAAAAAAAAUGCCUGGAUUCAGUGGCUCAAUUGCCUUUAGAAAACAUGAUGACGAUGAGAAACAACCAGGUUUGGUGGCACCAAUGCUCGUGAAAAUGCCUUAAAGGGUUGCCAAUAUACACCCAGAUUUGAUGUUUGUUGGUCUCAAACAGUGGUCUGCAGCAUGGCAGCUGUAUCAUCAUAGUAUCACACCAUCUACCAUCCCCUCCACCUCCAGAUGACAAAGUCAGCUCAUAUACUAUGCCACUUAUAUGUUUAAUAUGAAGUGUUUUAAUGUAAAAUAUUUGUGAUCUGCAGGUAUGUACAAUGCAAACAAAAGUCUUCUGUUUGUUUGACCCAUCCACCACCCCUCCUUCCCGUCCUACACAGGCUUUCUCACCCUUUAUACUACGUCAUUGCUGUGGAUGGGUUUACAUUAGACUGAAAGCCUGAUACAGCUCAUACAGAGGCUCAAUUGUGCCUUGUGCAGCAGAAUCAGCUGCAACAGUGGACUUGCUGGCAUUUCUUACCUGCAGCUUACAUUGAAAGUGUUAGUUUUAAAUCUGUGCUGUCAACCCACACUGCAUUUUGGCUUGGGCGGUUUGUAUUAUUUCUGACCAUCAAACCUACCUGAAAUUUCACCAGGGUAUACGGUAUAUGACUGUAUAAGUGUGCUGCACUUACCCCCUACUAGUCUUGUUAGUAAUCUAGUUAGUACGUCAGCUAUUCCAACAAUCACCAUCUCCGGUUUGGUCUUAAUAAAUAUUUAA